AUGGCUCCCAAGACCACCCAAAAGCGAUCCACUCUUGCUGACGUUGUCACUCGCGAAUACACCAUUCACUUGCACAAGCUCGUGCAUGGUCGCUCUUUCAAGAAGCGUACCCCCCACGCUAUCAAGGCUGUCAAGGAGUUUGCUGUCAAGGCCAUGGGUACUCCUGAUGUUCGUAUCGACACUGGUCUUAACAAGGCUCUCUGGGCUCGCGGUGUUCGCAACGUCCCUCACCGUAUCCGUGUUCGUAUUGCUCGCAAGCGUAACGACGACGAAGAUGCUGUCCACAAGCUCUACUCAUACGUCACUUUUGUCCCUACUCCCAAUGGUGCCAAGGGUUUGGAGACUGUCGUUGUUGACGAUGAGUAA